AAACAUUAUCAUUAUUAUGAUAUUGCAGCUUACAGGCCUGUGUUCUCGUUGUUUCUGUGUGCAACAACACCAGUAAGCCUUUUAUGACACCUGGACCGAGGCGCAGAGCUACUGCAGAGAGACAUGCAUUGACCUGGCCACCAUGGAAGACAUGAAGGAGAUGGACGUGGUCCUGGAAGACGUUGGAGACGACUCCAGUGAUGCCGUGUGGUUUGGGCUGCAGACAGGCAGCACGAGAACAUGGCACUGGUCUCUUGCAGACAAAGAUUUCUACAAGGAGGGAGAAGACGAUUAUCUCAAAUGGGGCUCAAAGAGUGGCUACAACUGAGGCGUUUACGACAACGGAGAACUAAAUAUGGGUGGUUGCACAGACUACAGGCAUUCGGUCUGCUUUGACAGAACAAAACAUGGAGUGGAUCAGUACAUCCUCUAUCCAGAGCUAAAGAGUUGGACCGCUGCUCGGGAUUUCUGCAGGAAAAUCUACACAGACCUGGUCAACUUGAGGAAUGAUGCAGAAUACCAGACGGUCCAGGAGCUGGUUAAUGGAACAGCUGUGCAUGUUGGGCUGUUCAGGGACUCCUGGGUUUGGUUGGACACGACAGACUCUUCGUUCAGGUACUGGCGGGGAAAGCAGGCGAUUUACGCCUCAAGUUUAGGGAACUGCGCUGCUCUUUUGAAGAAAGAAUCUGGCAAAUGGGGAGACAGGAACUGCACAGAAGCACAGCUGUUCGUCUGCAAAUGCAGUAAGUAACAAGUACAACCAAAAUAAAAUGAUAAUAUAAGCUACCAUCAAAAUUAAGUCACACAUUUUAGUAUUUCCUUUAGCCUAGAUUAAGACACACAUUUGUCUGCCAUCGCAGUGUCACAUUUAAAGCUCUUCCAAACACUUAUCAACCUAAUAAAUCCUGAAUGUUUACUUCAAAUCACACCAGUGUCAUCUGGGAAGAAGAAAUUUAACUGACGGACUAACGUAGUCACUCUGUAAACUUUGGAUCAUACAGAUAGGCAUGAUAAUUGCAUCACUUCAUGUGCAUUUUAUUUUCUGUUUAGCCUCACCGAUCCGUGGUUUUCUUCAGGAUACACAGCUGUUUAACACCAGUCGCCUGGAUCCUCUAAUAUUGUGAAAGUGAUAUCAGUCCUACUUAACAAAACUGUCAUUUUUCUGUUUUGAUUUCACCAAACUUCUCACCGCAACCACAAUCAUUCAAGAUUUCUUUUACACCUUAUUUCUUAUGCAAAGAUGAUUUUUAUAAUCCUUUAUCCUUCCAGUUUUUCAUGAUGCUCUUAUUAAUCCAGGUUCAGUUGUUUCAUCAAUCCCCUUGAAAGCUGAUGA